AUGCGAGAAUCGAUCUUGGAUGCUUUGAGGGAGAGCCCUUCAAAAGUGGAUGAGAAACCUAAAGAAGGCAACCCUCAACCUCCCGUCCAACAAAACGAAUGCUUGAGCACUUUGUAUAAUAACGUCAUGAAGCCGGUGGCUGACCUGGUUCAAGGGGAUGAGCUAUUCAUUAUUCCCGAUGGACCCCUGUGGCUCGCUCCUUACGCUGCAUUCAAGGAUGGUAAUUCUAAAUACCUGUGUGAAUCGUUCAGAAUCCGACUCGCUCCAUCGUUAAGAAGUCUUAGACUCAUUGCCGAUUGCCCAGAUGAUUAUCACAAAAGCAGUGGAGCGUUAUUUGUAGGAGAUCCAUGGGUAGCCGAGCUUACUAACACCAAAAUAGAGAAACCCCUCGAGCAGCUUCCGUGUGCUAAAGAAGAAGUAGAAAUGAUCGGAAAUAUUCUGAAUAUCACGCCAAUCACUGGCAGACAGGCCACGAAACGUGAGGUGUUGAAAAGACUCAGUUUCGUUUCCCUAGUUUACUUGGGGCACACGGAUGUAUGGAAACUGGCGAAAUUGCUCUUACACCUGAUUCAGACCGAAUAUCUUCUAUGCCAACGGAGGAGGAUUACAUUUUAACAAUUGAAGAUGUGUUGAAUGUUCAACUUUGCGCCAAACUUGUUGUGCUUAGUUGCUGUUACAGCGGUCGGGGCGAGAUCAAGGCUGAAGGUGCGGUUGACAUUGCGUGCGCUUUUAUGGUUGCUGGUGCUCGGUCUGUUGUGGUGUCCUUGUGGGCGAUUGAUGACAUGGCUACUCUCGAGUUCAUGAAAUGCUUUUAUCAACACCUUGCAGAAGGUUAA